GUCGUCUAGCCUCUGGUUCAGUCCUACAGGCAGUGGCUUCUGAAGAACUACAACUUCCGAGAGCACACCGCAGCUACGGGUGAAAAGGCUUCGGGAGAAGCAAAAGGCAGCGGCGGCAGAUGUGCAGGGCGGCGGAGGACGUGGUACAUAACACGGAGCGCUGCUGAGGGGGCGACGCUGUUUUCUCCUAGCCGUUGGCUGCGGGAGACUGGUGACCGGCCGGCUCCGUUGGAAGAGGCGGGGCUUGCACAAGCGGUCAUUGUAAAAGGGAGGCGUCGCACGCUUGGAUUAUAUGUUCAAGGAAGCUGGACGAGUGGGAAUAGCUGUGAGACCCAGCAUUUCAUGACUUAACACUUUCUUACAAGGCACCUGAAGAAGGAAUGGCAGAGAAAGUGAACAACUUCCCCCCACUUCCUAAAUUUAUCCCGCUGAAACCGUGCUUUUACCAGAACUUCACUGAUGAAAUCCCAAUUGAUUAUCAGACUCUGGUGAGGAGGAUCUAUCGCUUGUGGAUAUUUUACUGCAUCACCUUGGGUGUUAACCUGAUUGCUUGCCUGGCUUGGUGGAUCGGUGGUGGAAGUGGUUCCAAUUUUGGCUUGGCAAUCCUUUGGCUUGUCCUCUUCAGCCCCUGUAGUUAUGUCUGCUGGUUCCGGCCAGUCUACAAAGCCUUCCGGUCAGACAGCUCUUUUAAUUUCAUGGCAUUCUUCUUCAUUUUUGGAAUCCAGUUUCUCCUGACAGUCAUCCAGGCAAUUGGUUUCGGUAAUUGGGGAGCAUGCGGGUGGAUGGCUGCCGUACUUUUCUUCAGCACCAGUGUUGGGGCUGGUGUGGUCAUGCUGUUCCCAGCAAUUAUGUUCACCUUGUGCGCUAUUGGGAUGUUUAUAUGUCUCAUCCGGGUUCACCGGAUCUACCGUAGUGGGGGUGGAAGCUUUCAGAAAGCCCAGACCGAAUGGCAGAGCGGAUUGUGGAGAGAUCCUCCAAGCAGAGAAGCCCAGCACAGCAACUUUUCAGGAAACAGCCUCCCUGAGUAUCCAACUGUCCCCAAUUAUGGAAAUCCCUGGUCCUGAUCCUGGCUGCUUGGGCUGUUCAAGUAGUUUGGUUUGAGUCGUUGCAAGAAACACAUUACAAUCCUCAUUUGCUUUCUCUCUCUCUCUCUCUCUCCCUCUCUCUCUCUGCCUCCCUUUCUCUCUCUUUUUCUUUUGAGGGGUGGUGCUCUUUCUUCCCCCAGCCAUGUUUUUAUUUGUGAUUCUCCUUUUGGAUGGCAACCGCUUGUGCCAAGACAUGGCUGUUGCCCCUGUUUGACUAGCCCUAUCUUUCCUGAGAGGAAUCCCCUUCUCUACCCCAGCCUAUAUCACUGUUGCCAAUGGAUGCACAAGGAACAGGAUAAACUGCCAUUUCUAUUCGACUGCCUCUUCGUUUUGAGAGAGCAGCAGUUCACUGCCAGGGUCCCCUGAAGAUUUUGGGAAGAUGGCUUAAACUUCUCCCACCUUUUCCCUGCUUUCGGUUUGUUGGUGUGCUAAUGCUGGCUCCUCAUGUCUUUGGGGAUCCUGCAGCUCUAGAGGUUGUUGUGAAAGGAAAUACGGGAUAGGCGCAGAGAGCAGAUCGUUCAUUACGACAACUAUUUUUGAUGGUUGCUGCUGCCAGAGCAGGAGUUGCGUAACAGAAUCCUUCUCCCAGGAAGACAGUUCCUGGAAAUAGAAAGUUAGCAGCACAGUGAAUGUUCUAGCCUAGCCUUCCCUCUGAACUGCUAGCUUUCUGUAUUGGAGAACUGUAUUCCGGGGGUGGGGGUGUUCAAAUAUGGCCCCUGCUUUCCCAAAAUAGGAGCCAUUUUCCUGGAAGCUUUGAUCUGUUAAUGAUUUUGCCAAGAUAGGACUUUGUUUUGUUUGGAAUAUGUUGCUUUAUGCUGUUUUUCCCCACUGCUGGCUAUUAACUUGCUUGCUAAAAUAGAAACUUUGAAGAUGAUGCCUAUAAUCUCCCCAAGCGUUUUUUUUUUUUUUUAAAGUCUUUUGCUGGUCCAUGCCUGUCCCUCUGGGAAAAAAUAUUCCCAUAGUUGAACCACAGAAUUCUUUUCAUUUCUGGUCCUGGCAGAUCUAGUUCUGUUGAGACUUUCUGCUUCACCCCAUGGUGGAUGGGUGAGAAUCUGCAGAACGUCAAAACCCAGAGUCAGGCUGCAUCUACAGCUAUUUGUUUCCUCAGAUUCUUUGGGGAUGUAUAGUAGCCGCUGAGUGCAAGGAGCCUUUAUAUUUGUCUACAGCAGUGUUUCUCAACCUUGGGAACUUUAAGAUGUGUGGACUUCAA